CUUCGCCUCCCAAGCUGGCGGGCGGGCUGUCGGCGCCGGGGGCGGGGCCGCGGCGGCCGGCGGUGUCUGCGCUCGGCGGCGGCCUCGUAGCUCGCACACGCUCGGGGGAACAUGGCGGCGGCGGAGCCGGCGGUCCCGGCGCUGCCCAGCGGCGGCGGCGUGGGCGCGGGGGCGCCGUCGGGCUCGGUCCCGGUGCUCUUCUGCUUCUCCGUCUUCGCGCGGCCCUCGUCGGUGCCGCACGGCGCGGGCUACGAGCUGCUCAUCCAAAAGUUCCUCAGCCUGUACGGUGACCAGAUCGACAUGCACCGCAAAUUCGUGGUGCAGCUCUUCGCCGAGGAGUGGGGCCAGUACGUGGACUUGCCCAAGGGCUUCGCGGUGAGCGAGCGCUGCAAGGUGCGCCUCGUGCCGCUGCAGAUCCAGCUCACAACCCUGGGAAAUCUUAUACCUUCAAGUACUGUGUUUUUCUGCUGUGAUAUGCAGGAGAGGUUCAGACCAGCCAUCAAGUAUUUUGGGGAUAUUAUUAGCGUGGGACAAAGAUUGUUGCAGGGGGCCCGGAUUUUAGGAAUUCCAGUUAUUGUAACGGAACAGUACCCUAAAGGUCUGGGAAGCACUGUUCAAGAAAUCGAUUUAACAGGUGUAAAACUGGUACUUCCAAAGACCAAGUUUUCAAUGGUAUUACCAGAAGUAGAAGCAGCAUUAGCGGAGAUUCCUGGAGUCAGGAGUGUGGUGUUAUUUGGAGUAGAAACUCACGUGUGCAUCCAGCAAACUGCCCUGGAGCUAGUUGGCCGAGGAGUGGAGGUCCAUAUCGUUGCUGAUGCCACCUCCUCGAGGAGCAUGAUGGACAGGGUGUUUGCUCUUGAGCGUCUUGCCCGAACUGGGAUUAUAGUAACCACAAGUGAGGCUGUCCUGCUGCAGCUGGUGGCUGACAAAGACCAUCCAAAAUUCAAGGAAAUUCAGAAUCUAAUUAAGGCGAGUGCUCCAGAGUCCGGUCUGCUUUCCAAAGUAUAGGACGUUGGAAGGACUGGUAUGCUACGCAUUGUCAGGUGCGGGACUGUAAGCCCACACAAGCUCUUAUCUCUACUAAAUUAAAAUGUUAAGUCAAAAA